CAUCCUCCUUCCUCUUUCAUUCAUAAACCAAGCCGACACAUUUUAAGCCACCCAUGAAAUCAUCUCAAACAUUACUACUACUACUACUACUUCUUCCUCUCUAAGACCUGUUUGUGCCACCAGAGAAGCUCUUUCUUCCUUUCUCUCUCUCUCUCUCUCUCUCUCUUUGAAGAUCAGACACACACAGCUCUUCUAUUUCCUUCCAUGGACACUGCUCAUCAAUGGCCACAGGAGAUUGGUCUAGUGAAACCCAUGGAGGAGAUGGUCUCUAAUACAUGUUCAAGGCCUACUAUGUUAGAGAGAAGGGCAAGGCCUCAAAAAGAACAAGCUCUGAAUUGUCCAAGAUGCAAUUCAACAAACACAAAGUUUUGUUACUACAACAACUACAGUCUCACUCAGCCAAGAUAUUUCUGUAAGACUUGUAGAAGGUAUUGGACUGAAGGUGGGUCUCUUAGAAACGUUCCUGUUGGAGGAGGUUCAAGGAAGAACAAGAGAUCUUCAACAUCUUCUUCUACUAUUACUUCAACUUCAUCAAAAAAGCUUCCUGAUCUCACUCCAUCUACUACUUCCUCUUCUCAAAACCCUAAGAUCUUUAAAGGCCAAGACCUGAACUUGGCUUUCCCAGCCACACAUGAAUUCAGUACUGUCUCUGAAUUUAUUGAAUUACCAAACAUUGAAAACAGAAACAACAACAAUAGCAACAGUAACAACCCUUGUUCAUCUUCUUCAUCUUCUCUUUCAACAUUAGGGUUGUUGAGGAGUGGGAUUACUCCAAGGGGUUUGAAUUCCUUCAUGCCGAUGCCGAAUUCGGACUCAAAUUCGGUUUAUCCAUCUGGGUUUGGACAGUUGCAGGAUUUUAAACCAACUCUUAAUUUUUCUCUUGAUGGACUUGGAGUUGGAGCUGGUGGGCAUGGGAGUCUACCUGUGGUUCAUCAUCAGGAGAGCAGUGGAAGGCAUUUAUUUCCUUUUGAGGAUUUAAGACAGGUUUCAAGCACCAUUGAAUUUGAUCAGAAUAGAGGACAAGGGGAUUCAAAUGGCUAUUGGAAUGGAAUGUUGGGUGGUGGAUCUUGGUAAAGAAGAAGAAGAAGAAGAUCAAGUAAAAGUACAACAAGAAGAAAAUAUUGGGCUUUUUUUUUUUCUUCUUCUUUUCU